AUGGAUAGUGAUGCUUGGAAACUCAUACUCACAAAAAUAUCUCAGGCUCUUGUUUUAAAUGGAUUUAGAGGAAGGUUGAGUCUCAAAAUUGAGGGUGAAGAUUUUGUGACUUUGGUGACUAAAUCAACUCACCGAGACACUGCAACAAGGAUGACUACUACUGUACACAAAGCUUACAACACAGGCCGAUCCACAAGGUUGACUGCUAAGAAAUAUUCCCAAGUGAUGAAGAGGAUUGAGAAGGUUGUUGAUGAAGCUCGAAGUAGAGAAAAGAAGGUCAACAAACAGAAGGUGAAAUCAGUUGAAAGAAAUGAGCAACUUGAGGCUAUGGAUGUAGAGCUUGACAUGAACGAAACGGAUAAAUCUAGCCAAGUAAACAAGACUAACGUCGUUGGAUUGCUUAGAGAUGAUGUUGGAUAG